GGAAAUGUAAGCAUGUAUUGAUGACUUGCUGUUUAGCUUCUGCUAAAGAGGAGACCAAAGACAAGGAUUGAAAUUAGAUGAUGAAUCAAAACAUGAAUUUAGGCUCUGUUCAGAAACUAAUGGAAGAGAUGCAGCUUUUUGGGACCCAACCAAGACAACCUUAUAAAUCAGCUGGAGAUUGUCAACCAGGUGGCCAUCUCUGUGAUUUAAAUCUGCCAUCUCAAAGUUUCUACCCAUAUUCAUCUCAUUAUCCAUAUAUGCAUAUGAAUUACAGCAGCGACUGGGAAAUUUUUGAAGCAGUAAAAAUUCGGGAACUGGAAGAAGUCAAAGACAGAGCAGCCCAAAUGGAGAAGACCAUGCGCUGGUGGUCUGAUUGUACCGCUAACUGGAGGGAGAAAUGGAGCAAAGUUAGAGGAGAAAGAAAUAAAGCCCUAGAGGAAGCAAGACAAUUGAGAAUCAAAUUAGACAGUGUUGUAAAAGAACUGAGUAUGCUUAAAAAAAUAAAUCAAGAUUUAGUGAGUGAGAAGGAAAACUUGGAAAAUGUACCUGCUUGGAAAACAGAAUUCAGUUGCUCAGAAAUAUCUUCUAUUAAAAAACUGAGCAAACCCAAGAAGAUUCCUGGGGCAGAAGAUAUAAAGAAGGAUGUAGAGAUAAUCAAACGCCGAAGUAAUUACAAUAAAAAAAUCACUCCAAAGCCUCCUGAUUCCUUUCCCCAUGGAGUUCGCAGCAUCUGUUUGGAGGAACCUAAAAAAAGUUUGGACAGUAAAACUAAGACAACAGAGAAUGAUUUAAUACAUGUUUCGGUCUUGCAUUUGCAUUUGGCUGAGAUGCAGAAAAUCUUGCAGAAGGAAAGAGAAAUGAAUGUAUUUCUGGAAAAAGAAAUGGAAAAGAUAGAAAAUGAAUUAUUUCUUUGGAAAUGGAAAUAUGAAGAACUGAGACAAACCAAGCUGGAAAGCCUGAAACAGCUGGAAAGACUGCAGUUUGAGAAUACCUCUGAAUGGGGAAAGAGAGAGAGACUUGAAGCAGGAAAGCAAAGUUUGGAAGAAGAGAACAGAAGAUUGAAGUUGCAGGUAAAAGAAAUUCAGGGACUUCUGGAGAUGAAAAAUAAAGCAACACUAACUAAAUUGAAUUGUGAUCAUCAAAAUGCACAAAUAAGCUGCUAAUUAAAAAUAAGGUAUGUUCAUUGCUUAGUUCGAUUACUUGGAGAGCAUUCCCUGAAAGAAUUACUGUUUCAUAAUGUCAAAAUGUGCCCCUAAAACAAGGGUUGUGCAAUACAGAACAGCCCUGCCUGCAUCUCAGACCCGGACAGUUAGAACUCAGUGACUUUGAAUUUCUGUAGGGUACAGAAACAGAAAGAAAUAUCUUUUUUAUUUUUAAAAGGAGCAGGGAGAAAUGACAAGUCUGACAAGAUGAGGGAGCAAAAGUGAAGACUGGGAGUAACAGACGAGAUUAAGUAAGCUUUGGUAGCUAUAGAGUCCUGAUGAAGGUCAAAGCAAAAAAAGCUGUGAGACCAAUCAUUCCUCUGUCUUGCUGAAUAUUGAAUCACUUCUCAGGGAAGAGAGAACUGAAGGAAGAGCCUUAUUUCUUAAUUUUUUAUUCCUCUAAAGUUCUGUUCUUUUAAACCUUAUUGUACUGCUAAAAAUGAUGUGAUAAAUUACUCAGAGACUCUUAGCUGUGGAUAUUUCCUUUAUUUUAUGGUUUUCCAUGCCAAUAAUUAAGUGGUAAUCCAGAAGGCUCUCACUUUCAUUGAGACUCUGAAGGCUGUACAAGAGCAAUCAAAAAACCCACCAACUCAAUCAAUCAGUAAAUAUACA